CGUCUGAGGGGAGGGCUGAAUGAGAAAGCGGUGGUCCGCAGAGAGGCGCGGAGUCGGGUUUCAGAGUUUUUUAGGGUCCCUGGAGUCCCGUCGACGCACUGAAGCUGCCUUUGUUUGAGUGGGAACCACAGGCAGUGCAGGAGAGAGAGAGAGAGAGAGAGAGAGAGAGAGAGAGAGAGAGAGAGAGAGAGUUUUCCAGGCUGCAGAGUGUGAGUGUGUGAGAGAGAGUCACAGCGGGCUCCAUCUCUCUCUCUCUCUUGCCACUAUCACACAUGAACAGGACGACUUUAGUGCGGAUCUAUCCUCACCAUCACUGAAGAUGACUUCUUUACGCGCUCAGUCACCGCGGUCCUUUGGAUUACUUCUCCUCGUCCUGCUGCUCUGCUGCCGUCGGUCGACUGCAUAUCAGCUCCUGGAUGAGCGUGGUUCCCAGGGAGACUUGGAUCUGACAGAGUUGAUCGGCGUUCCCCUCCCUCCCUCCGUCUCCUUCGUUACGGGAUUCGAGGGCUACCCCGCCUACAGCUUUGGACCGGACGCCAACGUGGGCCGACUCACCAAGUCCUUCAUCCCCGACCCGUUCUACCAGGAGUUUGCCAUCACGGUCACAGCCAAGCCCACCACGCGACGUGGCGGCGUGCUGUUCGCCAUUACAGAUGCUUACCAAAAGGUUGUGCACCUGGGCGUUGCGCUGUCUGCAGUGGAGGAUGGUUCCCAGAGAGUUGUGCUGUACUACACCGACCCAGGGACUCCAGGUGGGACCCAGGAAGCUGCUUCCUUCAAGAUGGGAGACCUUACAGGAAGAUGGGCGAGGUUCACCCUGACCGUACAGGGGGCCGAGGUGCGUCUCUACAUGGACUGUGAGGAGUACCAUCGAGUCGCCUUCACCAGGAGCCCUCAGCCCCUCACCUUUGAGGCCAGCUCUGGGAUCUUUGUGGGGAACGCAGGGGGCACGGGCCUGGAGAGGUUUGUGGGCUCCAUCCAGCAGCUCGUGUUAAAGUCUGAUCCCACGGCCCCAGAUGACCAGUGUGAGGAGGACGAUCCUUAUGCCUCUGGAUACGGUAGCGGAGAUGAUGCCUAUGAAGAUAUUGAAGGAAUAGAUGAAGUGAAGAAGAUUGUGGAGGAGAGAGAGUAUACCAUGCCCUUCCCAACUUACAGUCCCCCGGUCCAAGCUCCGCCCACUGAAGCAUCACUAGUUAAUGAGAAUGAGGAUGAUGAGGAUGAAGAGGUGACAUCCGGACAGGAGGCAGAGACAACCACAGUUACAACCACAAUUACAGCUACAGCAAGACCAACUCAGACAGCUGCUCCAGCCUACAGACCUGCCACUGUGCUACCAGGCCAGAAAGGGGAGCCAGGGGAGCCAGGUCCCCCAGGGCCUGCAGGGCCCCCCGGACCCCCAGGCAGCGUCUCUGAAGAGUGGAGGGGGUCUGGAGAUGGAGGAGAGCCAGGGCCACGGGGCCCACAGGGGCUGCCAGGGCCUCAAGGCCCACCAGGAGCACCUGGGAAUGAUGGACAGCCUGGCCAUAAAGGUGACAUUGGAGUUCCAGGAGAGACUGGGAUUCCAGGAUUUCCAGGUUUACCCGGAGACCCUGGACCUAAAGGUGACAAGGGCGAUUCUGGUGUGGGACAGCCAGGCCCUCCAGGUCCUCCUGGACCUCCAGGACGUCCCAGCAAAUCUUCCAGGUUCCUGGAUGCCAUCGAGGGGUCAGGGUUCGAUGACUUUGACAGCGAUGCUGAGAUAAUUAGGGGUCCCCCUGGCCCUCCCGGUCCUCCUGGCCCACCAGGGCCCCCAGCGGCCGACUCUGAGGACGUCUUCCCUGGCCCACCUGGGUCCCCAGGGAGAGACGGGAAGGAUGGAGAGAUCGGUAAACCUGGACUUCCUGGAGAUGAUGGAAAAGACGGGGAACCGGGGCCUGCUGGGGCCAAGGGAGACCAGGGCGAGCCGGGUGUGAACGGGCCACCAGGGCCGAAGGGUGAUCAAGGUCCUGCAGGCUUCCCCGGCCUGACAGGAGAUCAGGGUCCAGAGGGGAAGCCUGGUCCCAGGGGUCUCCCUGGCCCUCCUGGGCCCCCAGGCCCCCCUGGAAGAAGCUACAGCUUUGACUUGGAGGACUUGGAAGGAUCCGGGAGACAGAGUGGCUUCGGGCCUGUGCUGUCCAGAGGCCCACAGGGACCUGCUGGGAUCCCUGGCCUUCCAGGUCCCAAGGGUAAAGAUGGUUUUGCCGGUGUUCCAGGAAGACCAGGAGAAAAGGGGGAGCCAGGUGCUGCAGGACCACCAGGGCUUCCAGGAGUGGAUGGGUUAAAUGGGCCACAGGGUCCAAAGGGCGACAAAGGAGACGCAGGACAAAAGGGAGCGCCAGGACAGGAUGGGCUCAGUCUCCCUGGUCCUCCAGGGCCACCGGGACCCCCCGGACCCAUCAUCAACCUCCAGGAACUCCUGCUCAACGACACAGACGGUGUCUUCAACUUCUCAGGGAUUUUUGAACCUCAGGGACCCACCGGACCACGGGGUCCAAAGGGGGAUGUUGGGUUGCCAGGUAUCCAGGGACCUCCAGGACUGAAAGGUGAAAAGGGGGAGCCAGGACAAAUCAUUGCAGCUGAUGCAUCUCUGAUAUCAGGCCUGUCUGGUCCGGUCGGGCCCAAAGGAAGCAAGGGAGAUAAUGGCGUAGCUGGACCCCCUGGAAUUAUGGGGCCUGUGGGACCACCAGGACCAAAAGGAGAAUUUGGUUUCCCUGGACGCCCUGGUCGCCCGGGCCAGAUGGGGCUGAAAGGAGCGAAAGGGGACUCUGCGGGUCUGAUGGGACCCCCUGGCCCACCCGGACCACCGGGUCGCCCAGGAAUUUUCAACUGCCCCAAAGGAACAGUUUUCCCCGUUCCUCCCAGACCGCACUGCAAAAAGGCUCUGAACGCCGAUGGAACUAUCGCAGAUGGCGACUGUCAGACAGGCCCUAAGGGAGAGAAGGGGGAGCGGGGCUUUCCUGGGAUGCCGGCUAUACCAAAUGGAUUCCCAGCUAGAGGAGGUUGGGAUCAGAGAGGUGAACAGGGUGUCAAAGGAGACAAAGGGGAGAAGGGAGAGGCAGGGUUGCCUGGGCGACCAGGUAUCCCUGGGAGACCAGGACCUGUGGGACCCAAAGGAGAGUCAGUGCUCGGACCUCCAGGCCACCCCGGGGUGCCAGGCUCCCCUGGUGUGCCGGGCUAUGGCAGACCUGGUCCUGUCGGCCCUCCUGGGCCACCGGGCCCCCCUGGACCACCCUCAAGAUACGGCUCAGCUGUGACCAUUGCUGGCCCGCCCGGCCCGGCUGGCCCCCCUGGACCUCCGGGUAACUCCGCAUCUCUGAAAACAUUUUCUACCCGUGAGAGCAUGAUGCAGCACACCCUCAGGGACGCAGAGGGAACGCUGACCUACGUGUCAGGGACAGGCACUCUGUUCCUCAAAGUUCCCCAGGGAUGGAAAGAGAUACAGCUUGGCAGUCUGAUCUACCUCUCCAAUAACAUUAUUCCACAAGACGAGCCUCGACCGGCGUAUCAGAUAAGAGGAGACACAAUGCAACGAAUACGCUCAGUGAGUGAAAGGCUCAACCUGGUGGCCUUGAACCAGCCCCACUCAGGGGACAUGAUGGGGCUCGACACCGCCGACCGCAUGUGCUACGAGCAGGCCAAGGCGAUGGGCUUGGCGCCAAACUACCGCGCCUUCAUCUCUUCCCACAAACAAGACCUGGUCCACGUGGUCUACCCAGGUUUCCGCGAAACACUGCCGGUCACCAACCUCAGGGGAGACGUGAUGUUUAGGAACUGGCGGUCGAUUUUCAGCGGCGACGGGGCGCCAAUCAACGCCAGGAUACCCAUCUAUUCUUUUGAUGGCCGAGAUGUUCUGGCGGACCCCUUCUGGCCGCAGAAGAGCAUCUGGCACGGCUCGAGCAGCAGAGGUCUGCGGGACGUGGAUAAGCACUGUGAGACGUGGCGGGCGGACCACAUGUCCGUCAUGGGCUUGUCCUCCAGCCUGACCUCCGGCCUGCUCCUGGGCCAACAGACACGCAGCUGCUCCAACCAGUACAUCGUCCUCUGCAUCGAGACCCACAAAAACCCUUAGAUGCGCCUCCCACCGCAAAAAAAAAAAAAAAAAAAAAAGACACAUCCCAGCCGCCACAGUGUCUUUUGAGACCAAAACUCCACACUCUUAAAAAAGAUGUAUCAUUUUCAGCACAUCCACGCAUCUUUGUUUUUUUUUAUCCUAAAGGUGCUAGGUGUAGCGUUUUGUGUUUCUCACAAUCAAGACCGCAUUUCCCGCUACUUGUCCCGCAUCCCGCCUCCCUGGCCUCGCUCUGCGUGCGUUUGAUGUUUUGAUGAGCGAGAAGACGGAGAAGAGUCAAUAGAAACCUUUUUAUAACAACUUCUGCAUUCUGACAGAGUAAGCUAAGGUGAAGUUGAAGCUAUGCAGUGAGAAUACUGGAACUGGAAUAAAGUUGUGUAUAUCUUGCAAGGUGAAAAAAAAAAAAAAAAAAAAAAAAGAAAGGUUCUUGCUUUGUACCGCAAAGCAAUCCAGAAGAUAUUCCAUAAAAUCCAAGACCAUGGCACAUAAUCUGAAACGCAUUAUAGAAGCUUGUCGAGGCUCUUUUAUUUAUACUAAUGCCUCAGAGGUAAUGUGAUUAAAAUGCCACAAGUUGCAGCUUUAACCUUUAAGACAGACCGUUUUUUUUUAACUACUGGCCACUGAGCAGCUGCACCGGAGCAGUUGGGGGUUAAGUGACCUUGCUCAAGGGCACGCUGACAGUGCUUGCAGAGGGAAAGGAGGGCAUCGCUCAUUCACGUCCAUAGUCACAUUUCCCCAGCCAGCCAGCCUUCACCUUGUGAUUACAGGCCUGCCCCACUCACGCACAGUAAAGGCUGUACAGGCCACUGCUGCCCCACCAUCUAACACAUUCGAGCCGCUUCUCUGCAAAGCAUGUUAAUCAAAUAUAUUGUAACAAAGAGAAAGCAUAUUCACGUCCAAAAAGGUAAACCAGGUCCAGGGCAAAGUAUGGUUAUUUGUAGCAACAUUUCGAUCUGUGUCGAGACGCCGGGGUGUGUUGAGAAUAACAUCCUUUUUACCAGUGCAUUUUGUCCUCCAUGUUGAAUCGACGGGCUAAAGCGGAGACUGAGGACGCGACACUGAGGAGCAACAGGAAUCUUUCGCUGCCUUCAAACCUGGCAGUUUUUACAAUCCACAGAUUCCCAAAGACUGUUGUAUUGUGUAAAGGGCUACUUCCAUUAUGUUUACAGGUUGUCAUGGAGGGUUUUUGAACACUUCUGCAAAUUUUAGGAGUUUACUCGAUGACUCAAGGGCCAAAAUUAUGUUACCACAGCUUACAGUGUCCCUAUUCAAGCAAUGGGAUGACCGGACAACCAGUAUUGCCACCAAAGUAAUUUUGAUGCACUGUAUUUCAUUUUUGUUAUAUAUAUAUUUUUUUUUGUUCCAACAUUUUUCAUCCAAUGUGUUUUUGUUCUAGCUUUUCAUGCAUCUGGUGAUCUCACUCCUCUAGCAGUACUUUCUGUCCGUAGGCUAUUUAAUUUAAAUUCAAUGAAUUAUUUAUACCGUGUCCGCACAUAACGUGAAAUCAGAUGAUUAAAUUUAAGAAUGUAAUUUAUCGUUUGUUGUUUGUCAAAGUGAAUGUUAAUUCUCACGUUUUGCCUCCUCGUUUUUUUUUUUUUAUACAGUGUUCUUAAUGAUUUUUUUUUUCCUGAGAAACAUUGACAACAGUCCAAACUGAAUUCCACAAAGUGUAUAGAAAUGCCAUUGAAACAAGCAAGUAAAAAAGUGAUAUGCUAACACAACCAAAAAGCAAAAAAAAAAAAAAAAAACUCAAAACAUUUCCAAGGGCAAAAGU